UUACAUGGUAUUUUUUAGUACAUUGUUGCAAAACACAUUUCUUACAUUGUGCCGCGUUAUUUGCUUCUUUUCAUAAUAAAACGUAAUGAAGCGAUUAACUGAUGAACGUACAAAGAUUCUCUUUGAGAAACUUGCAAAAUAUAUUGGAUCAAAUGUGCAACAACUUAUUGAUAGGCCGGAUGGAACAUAUUGCUUCCGCGAGCAUAAAGAUCGCAUUUAUUAUGUCUCUGAGCGCAUAUUAAAGCUAAGCGAGUGUUUCGGGUACAAGCAACUUGUAUGCGUGGGCACCUGCUUUGGCAAGUUCUCGAAGACCAAUAAACUUAAGUUCCAUAUAACGGCGCUUUAUUAUUUGGCUCCAUAUGCACAGUACAAGGUUUGGGUCAAACCUUCCUUCGAGCAACAGUUUCUUUAUGGUAAUCACAUACCAAAAUCAGGCUUGGGCAGAAUAACUGAAAACGCUGGACAGUAUCAGGGCGUUGUUGUGUACUCCAUGAAUGACUUGGCUCUAGGGUUCGGAGUUCUUGCGCGAUCCACCACUGAAUGUAAAACUGCUGAUCCGCUGACUACUGUUUGCUUUCAUCAAUCUGAUAUUGGAGAAUACAUACGAGCUGAAGAUUCGCUCUUUUAGUAUUAAUUGAAAUCGUCUAUUAUGUUAGUAUGAUAGUAAGCUUUUACUUAUUGUGUAGCAUUAGCCAUAAUUAAGUAAAAAGUAAGUUAAAAGAAAUCGUUAUAUUUAUCGUGUCUGGUAAAAUUUAAACAGCGAUUCAAAAUUAUAA